GCCACUGCUGGCAGCUGUCAGACUCAGGAGCUCGAGGCGGUGAAAACACGGAGCAGAGGCGACGUGACGCGUCCGUGGACGAGGCGAUGUCCCGGGGGACAGAGUGCUGAUAUUGUCCAGCCCAUCAUCACCAUGGAGACCACCAACAGCUAUGUGUUGAUUCAUGGGAAGAACAUUUCCCAUAACACCAUUGCAGGCGCUGCUGGUGGACCCCACAUGUCCAUCGACAAACUGUUCCCAGCUCUCCUUGAGUGCUUUGGCAUCAUAUUAUGUGGCUACAUUGCUGGCAGGGCAGAUGUCAUCACAGAGAACCAGGCGAAGGGUUUGGGGAACUUUGUGUCUAAGUUUGCUCUUCCAGCUCUGCUCUUUAAAAACAUGGUGCUGUUGGACUUUGGAGACGUCAUCUGGGCUUUUCUCUGGAGCGUCCUGGUCGCUAAGGUGACAGUGUUUGUGCUGGUGUGUGUGCUGACACUGAUUGUGGCCAGUCCAGACAACAGGUACAGCAAGGCUGGGCUGUAUGCAAUCUUUGCCACACAAAGCAAUGACUUUGCCUUGGGAUACCCCAUAGUUGAUGCUUUGUAUCGUAGCACAUAUCCAGAAUACCUCCAGUACAUCUAUUUAGUCGCCCCAGUCUCCCUCAUGCUCCUCAAUCCCAUCGGCUUUGCUCUUUGUGAGGUGCAGAGAUGGAGACAGGCCAGUCAUCCACAGCACAGCACUCUAGCCAUCCUGGGAGUUGUGGUCUUACAGGUGUUAAAGAACCCGAUAGUGUUUAUGGUGAUGGUGGGAAUCAUCUCUCACUUUGCUCUGGGCCAACGUAUUCCUGCUGUGUUGUCGGAGUUCAUAGAUGGCCUGGCCAACUCUUUUGGAGGAGCAGCCUUAUUUUACCUCGGCCUCUCUAUGGUUGGUCAACUAAGAAAACUAACCAGAGACACUGGAGUUGCCUUGAUUCUCCUCAUCACAGCCAAACUCCUGGUGAUGCCACUGGUCUGUAAAGACAUGGUUAAUAUUCUGGAUGUUGGAGUGAACAGUACGAAUGCCAACCACACCAGCUUGUCCAACUUUGCUUUCUUAUAUGGAGUCUUCCCCACUGCACCCAGUGUUGCCAUUUAUGCUGCACACUACAAUAUGGAGUUAGAGGUGGUAACGUCAGGGAUGGUUAUAAGCACGUUUCUAUCGGCUCCGAUCAUGUAUGUGUCCGCCUGGUUGUUGACCAUCCCUCUGAUGGACCCGACCCCCCUGGUGACCGAGCUUGAAAACGUUAGCUUCAACAUUAGCAUCGUCAGCCUCGUAGCACUGGUGUGGACCAUAGCGGUGAUGCUGCUCAGCAGGAAAUUUAACAGACUUCCUCACCUCUUUGCCUUAAAUCUGUUCCUGGCUCAGUUUUUGGUGUGUGUCAGUAUGAUCCUGUGGAACUUCUUGGUGAAACAAGACGACAAUCUGGUCGGCAAAAUUCUCACCUUCACUCUGCUGUAUGGCUCUCUGUACAGCACCUACGUCUGGACAGGCCUGAUCCCUCUGUGUCUGGCUCUGACUAACAGAGAUGAUCUGCUGAGACUCCGACCAGGAGUGUUCAUGGCGUUGGGUUGGGGGGUCCCCUUCCUCAUGGUCGGAGCUCUUCUGAUAUUAGGAGAACGGACUGAAACCAUGGACUCUGCUUUCUUUUAUGGCAGAGCUCAGAUAAUCAGCACAGCGGUGGUGCUCUCUGUCAGCCUGGUGCUUGGAGCAGUAUCUCUGAUGGGGCUCAGCCAGGGAGACCGGGAGCAGGGAGGUUAUGAGGCCCUGAGCAGAGCUGCAUUAACUGGACCUAAUGAUGAGCUGAGGACCCCUGGUGGCUUGGAGGAUGCACAACAACAGACACAGAUUCCAAAUUCCCCCAUAGGCAGCAUCAACUCAGACCUCCACGGCUUCUCUCCUGUUCAGGCCAUACCUGACAUGAUAGCUAGCACGCAAAGGGAGCACACAAACAACACAGACCACAGCGGGGUGACAUGUGACAGGCUGCAGCCUUCCUCCUCAGAGCAGCCGCUAAACCUGCCGCCACCCGGGCUUCAACCCACCGAUGAUAAACAGACAGUCAGACAUGUUCUGCUCUGUCUGCUGCUCAUUGUCAGCCUGCUAGCGAACCUGUCCAGCUGUCUCUGGUGGCUGUUUAACAAAGAUCCAGGGAGACUUUACCUCGAGCUCCAGUUCUUCUGUGCUGUGGCGAACUAUGGACAGGGUUUCCUGUCCUUUGGGAUCUUCGGUCUGGACAGACACCUCAUCAUUUUGCCGUUCAAGAAGAGGUUGCGUAGCCUGUGGCAGGGCAGAGACGCUGAUGACUUGAGUCCUUCAGGUGUUCCAGAGGAGGUCAGACUCACCUGCACCCAGUUCGUCCGCUACCACAAAGACCAGUGUGUCCAAGACAUAGUACACACCUGCAGGUUUGGUGGAGGAAGACGGCUGGAGGAGGAGGAGGAUGCGGUUCGGAGACCCUCCCCCUCCCAUCAGCCCCUGCACACACAUCAGGAUCUUCACCAGAUUCACCAAAAUCACGAUCCAGCUGAAUCCUGCGGCCAAUAUUCACUUCCAUCCCACUCCAGGCUUAAGCUGGAGCCUGAACACCAAACUAAUAUCCCUAACCCUGAUAUCCCAGAGGAGCAGAUUCCACAGCUCCCGUCUAACCAAGCUUACGACCCAGCCAAUCCUCAACACCAGCAUGUUCCUGCUUCCAACACAUCCUGUCCACAGUCCCGUCCUGAAAGUGUUUUUCGGGGCAGCGACUUGGUGGACUGGCUGGUUGAGAGGGGCCUGUGCGCGGGGCGAGCUGAGGCCCAACUGUACGGCGAAAGACUUCAGCGGGGAGGAGUGUUAGAUCACCUGAGGGGUCGGCACAGCUUCAGGGACGAAGUUACACUGUUGUACCACUUCACACACGAGAGAGGGGAGGGGCGGUCACAGGACACGUGAGAGGAAGAGAGUGGAAAGGUGGAAGAGGCAGAGGAAGAAUGGGCCUGGUGGUGGCGAGCAGCAACCAUCAUGGAUAAAAGCUCUGUACGAUGUGGUUUUUCCUAUAAUCACCAAAUGCUGAAUUUGGAAAUGAGACAAAAAUGUCCUUUUCCUCCGCAACAGUCUCUAACAUGUGAUUGUGGCCACUCUGAUACGUUUAAAGAUCAUAUCAGAUGGUACAUUACAGUGCAUGUUUUUUUGAGGCUUUUCUCAGUGGUUGCUGUUUGCUCGUCUCCUCAGGCUUCACCCUUUGUGGCCCGAAUGAGGAAAAUCUCAAGCUCCGACAACUCAGAGACAUUUAAAUGUUCGUUUCAGAGUUUGUUUUUUUGUCUGCUGCUCCGGCCUGGGCUGGACCUGAUAACAGCUUUCUGAUUUAAGCUGCCCUAAAUCUAAUCAUUGUCCAGAAAAGUGAUUUGUCAUCUCUUUUGUCUGGAUUUCUAAGAGCCAAUGAAAGUUUUCAGUAUGUGAAGUACGAAUAAGCUUUUUCUUUUUUUUUCUUUUAAGGGACAAGUUGCCAUUCGUCAGCCUCUUGUCCUGAUAUGUUAUCAUUUGUGAUGUGUGGGGGCCAGUUGUGAGAAGACGAUGAGAGCAGUAAACUGUUGUUCCCGCUGCUCUCUGAGAGCCAGUUGUUUUCUUACCUUCCUGUUCUUCUUCAUCAUCGCCAUGUUUUUUUCCCUCUUGGAUGAGCUCAUCCUGGAUCUGCCUGUUAUUUCAGUAUUUGAUAUUUUGCACGUUGUGUCUUUUAAGACUCCGGUCUGUGUCGACUACUUGCAUGACUGAGAGCAGAACAGACGUCUGCUCAGCACUGAAACAUUUGCACUGACUGACUAAUAAUGUUCGUCAUGUUUUUAAAUGAUGCAACUCAUCGGAUAUCUACCUUGUGAUGAUGCUGCACAUGAUUUUUUUUUCUCUUAUCUUUGUUGUUGUGUCAAAAAUAAUCUGGGCCCAGUUAUGACCUUGUUGAUAAAUGUAUUAAUUCAGCCAAAAUUAGAGUAGGUGCUUUUCUUUGUCCCAAAUGUGGCACCGUAGCUUGAUUUAAUAAUUCAGACUAGGCCAAACCUGAACUCAACUUUGUCACUAAGUUGAAUCUAUGGGAUAAAAACCUUGAGAAGACUUUAACCUUCGAUGUUUUCAUGAAUCCGAACUUCUUACUCGUCCUGACACAGCCACAAUUACAAUCCUCUAGGUGUAACAAUCUGUCUUAUUGUACAUUGUUCACAUAAUCACUACAGAUUUCUUUUAUCAUUUAUGUAGCUUGUACUGAUCGACUGGCAGCGUUAACGUCACUACACCUAUUAUUUGCCUGAUAAGUUGCUGUUGAGUUGUGUUUUACUAUGAAGUUGACUUUGAAUGUUUUGUCAGGGUGACAGAAGGUGGAUAAAUGAGAGCUUCAACUAGAUCCAGAGUAAAGCCCGACUGAUAUGUGCAGAAUAAACAAUGCAGAAAGAUGUGCAUUUAUAUUUGUGUUUUACAGAUUUUCUUUUAUUAACUCAAAUAUUAUGUAUUUGUGUUUUUAUUUUUAGUUAUUUAUGAUAAAGAUCAUGAUUAAAGUCUGACUCAAUUUCAUUUCUCCCUUUAUUUGUUACUCCCACAAAUUCAUAUCGGUCGUUGGACGUUACAUUUCAAAAUCCCCUUUCCUACGGGAAUGAGAGAAUCCUCCAAUCGAGCUAACGUCACACUAAUGGUGGCAGGUUCCGACAAAGAUUUGUCAUUUUAAUGACAUUGAUUACAACAGCCUUUAUAGCAUGAUUACAGUAGGCAGAUGAUUCUCCAGCGCUGACGCAGCCCUGUGACGAUGCAUCGAGCUAUGCAACUCCAGGCGACCCCUGAACUUUCACCAGGAGCAUAACGUCCAAAGAGAGGAUAUUCCAAACUUCUCAAAAACGUGUAUGCCUCCAUAUACUUCCAUCUUUGUGUCUUCUGCCAACCGACUCAUGGAAUUCAAGUCAGGUCCUUGUGUUUACUGAGUUGUUACAAAUGAGAUUUCACGACAGAGUGCCUGCCUCAGCCAGCGUGAAGGUGUGUGUCUGUGUGCAUGAACAACAAUGGGUGAGGAAAUAGUGAGAGGGGACAAGGAGAGAUGUUAAUGGGGCGUGACCGUGUGUUGUAACUGUGUAUCUGUGGAUGUUGUCAGCGUCAGUGACUGUGACCAAACGGCACAAAUAAAAAAACUUUGCAUCCAAAA